UUUCAAUUCCCCUUCUUCACAAUACCCAUUGCAGGAAUAUUACUGUGAAACCUGAGUCAGUCAUGACUAUACCAGACGAGGUUGACAUUAUCGUCUGUGGCGGCGGCAGCGCAGGAUGCGUCGCUGCCGGCCGCCUGGCCAACCUUGAUCACAGCCUUUCGGUUCUGUUGAUCGAGGCAGGAGAGGAUAACCUCAAUAACCCCUGGGUGUUUCGUCCGGGUAUUUAUCCCAAAAACAUGAAGCUCGACUCAAAGACAGCAUCGUUCUAUUAUUCCCGGCCUUCUGAGUUCUUGGAUGGACGCCAGGCUAUUGUUCCGUGUGCCAAUAUUCUUGGAGGUGGUAGCUCGAUCAACUUCAUGAUGUAUACGCGAGCAUCUGCAUCAGAUUACGAUGACUUUCAGGCAAAAGGCUGGACGACCGAGGAACUUUUGCCUCUCAUGAAGAAGUAUGAGACGUACCAGCGCUCUUGUACCAACCCGGAACUUCAUGGUUUCCAAGGUCCCAUCAAAGUUUCCUUCGGCAACUAUACCUACCCGAUCACGCACGACUUCCUUCGGGCUGCCGAGUCGCAAGGCAUUCCCAUCACGGAUGAUCUUCAGGACUUAAAGACCGCGCACGGAGCCGAACACUGGUUAAAGUGGAUUAAUCGUGAUACAGGACGACGUAGCGAUGCCGCUCAUGCAUACAUCCACAGCACUCGAGCCAAACACUCCAAUCUGCAUUUGAAAUGCAACACCAAGGUAGAAAAGGUUAUCAUUGAAAAUGGACGAGCUGUCGGUGUCGUCACGGUUCCAACGAAACCCCUGGACGGCGGGGACCCUCCACGCCGAAUUUUCAGGGCCCGGAAACAAAUUAUCAUUAGCAGUGGGACCCUCAGCUCACCCCUGAUCCUGCAAAGAUCAGGAAUCGGGGACUCCGAGCAGCUUCGUCGCGUAGGCAUCAAGCCGCUGGUGCACUUGCCAGGCGUGGGCCGCAACUUCCAGGACCACUAUCUUACGUUUUCAGUUUUUAGGGCCAAGCCAGAUGUUGAGACGUUCGAUGACUUCUUACGUGGAGAUCCCAAGGUGCAGAAGAAAGUAUUCCAGGAGUGGAAUACCAAAGGAACGGGCCCCCUGGCUACCAAUGGUAUCGAAGCUGGCGUUAAGAUCCGUCCCACGCAAGAGGAACUGGACGGGAUGAAGAAGUGGCCAACCCCAGACUUCGUCCAAGGAUGGGAGUCUUACUUCAAGGACAAACCGGAUAAACCGGUCAUGCACUAUUCGAUUAUAUCGGGCUGGUUCGGAGACCAUAUGCUGAUGCCACCGGGGAAAUUCUUCACCAUGUUCCAUUUUCUGGAAUAUCCGUUCUCUCGCGGCUCUACGCACAUAAAAUCAGCUGAUCCGUAUGAGGUUCCAGACUUCGACGCAGGAUUCAUGAACGAUAAGCGUGACAUGGCCGCUAUGGUUUGGGGCUACAUCAAGUCCCGUGAGACUGCGCGGCGUAUGAGUUCAUACGCAGGCGAGGUGAUGGCCAUGCACCCUCACUUUGCGUAUAACUCGCCGGCUCGAGCUCACGACCUCGACCUGGAGACCACAAAGGCAUACGCCGGCCCAAAUCAUAUCUCGGCUGGUAUUCAACAUGGUUCUUGGUCACACCCCUUGGAAGCCGGAAAACAAUCUUCUCCCACUGUUCUUAGUUCAAAUAGGGUUGAGGCGCGGACUCCCCUUGAAUACAGUCGGGAGGAUAUCCAGCAUAUCGAGAAAUGGAUCCAACGUCACGUUGAGACUACGUGGCACUCAUUGGGAACAUGCAGCAUGGCUCCACGCGAGGGCAGCUCCAUUGCGAAACAUGGAGGCGUUGUCGAUGAACGCCUGAAUGUACAUGGAGUCAAGGGCCUCAAGGUCUGUGAUCUGUCAAUCUGCCCGGAUAAUGUGGGCUGUAAUACUUUCAGUACCGCUCUGCUUAUCGGAGAGAAGUGCUCCGUUCUUGUAGCGGAGGACCUGGGUUAUUCGGGAGCUGCCUUGCAGAUGAAUGUGCCCAACUAUCAUGCUCCGGGCGAGUCCGUUAACCUUUCUCGGCUCUGAGAGAUUAUAAUACCAACGUCAUUACGCUGCGGCCAGUUUUUGUUGUGUCUCUUGGAAUGGAAGUGGUCUUUCUCUCUUUUAGUCCGUACUCUAUAUAUGCAACGGAGCUUCCCGCCUCCAGAAUGUUAUUUUAAAUUGCUAUCCGUGAUGUACUCGGUGGUUUUAUGGAAUGGAAUAGUUUACCCCGGUAAGGCCGACCCGGUGCCUGGUUUAGUGACCACUUAUCUUGUUGGAUG